CGAGCCCGCGCACCUGCUUCCCCUCGGCCGGGGCGCCUGAGGCUGGGUCCCUGUCUCGUGGGGAGGAGCGGCCCAGGCACAACGUUCACUGAGCGCCUGCCAUGAGCCCGCAGCCCUCGGCCCAGGGGCGUCGUGAACGAUACCGGUCCCGUGAGGAGACGGGCGACGCGGUGACAGGAGGCUCUCGGGGUGCCUCGCGCAGGUGCUGGGACGGGCUGGACACCUCCUCCUCCCCUUUCACUAGGCCCCGCCCCUCCUAAACUACUCGGAGGCGGGGCCUGUGCCAAGCCCCGCCCCCAGCGUCACGGCCGCGGACCCCGGGCGGAGCCGACUCCCGGCGGAAGCGCGCGGCGCGCGGGGAGGCCCGAACUGAUCGGCGGCGGCCGGAGACCGCUGGGGACAGACAGGUAGCGCCGUCACCCGCGGGGUUCGCAGCUCCAUCUGCCGGGCGACGGGGCUCUGGUCGGGAGAGGGCUCAGCGGGCGGAAGCGCGUCUCUAGAGAAGGGUGCGGUCGAUAACCGGGGGCGCCCCUGGAAGGCCGAGGAUGGGCAGCAGCUCGCUGUCCGAGGACUACCGCCUGUGCCUGGAGCGCGAGCUGCGACGGGGCCGCGCGGGCGUGUGCGGGGACCCCUCGCUGCGUGCGGUGCUCUGGCAGAUCCUGGUGGAGGAUUUCGACCUGCACGGGGCGCUGCAGGACGACGCGCUGGCGCUGCUUACCGACGGGCUGUGGGGCCGCGCCGACCUGGCGCCCGCGCUACGCGGCCUGGCCCGCGCCUUCGAGCUGCUGGAGCUCGCCGCGGUGCACCUGUACCUGCUGCCCUGGAGGAAGGAGUUCACCACCAUCAAGACCUUCUCCGGGGGCUACGUGCACGUGCUGAAGGGUGUGCUCUCAGACGACCUCCUCCUGAAGAGCUUCCAGAAGAUGGGCUACGUGCGCAGGGACAGCCAUCGGCUCAUGGUGGCCGCCCUGCCCCCUGCCUGCCAGCUGGUGCAGGUGGCCCUGGGCUGCUUCGCCCUCCGGCUGGAGUGUGAGAUCCUGGGCGAGGUGCUGGCCCAGCUGGGCACCAGUGUGCUGCCAGCUGAGGAGCUGCUGCAGGCACGGCGUGCCAGUGGGGACGUGGCCUCCUGUGUGGCCUGGCUGCAGCAGCGACUGGCCCAGGAUGAGGAGCCGCCACCCCUGCCCCCCCGAGGCUCCCCUGCUGCUUACAGGGCCCCACUGGACCUAUACCGGGACCUGCAGGAGGACGAGGGGUCGGAGGACGCCAGCCUGUACGGGGAGCCGUCACCAGGCCCUGACUCACCGUCAGCGGAGCUGGCCUACAGGUCGCCACUCUGGGAGCAGAGUGCCAAACUCUGGGGCACUGGGGGCCGGGCCUGGGAGCCCCCAGCUGAGGAGCUGCCGCAGGCCAGCAGCCCACCGUAUGGGGCCUUGGAGGAGGGGCUGGAACCCGAACCCUCUGCCUUCUCCUUCCUCUCUCUGCGCCGUGAGCUGAGUAGGCCUGGGGACCUGGCCACCCCUGAAAGCUCUGCAGGGGCCAGCCCGAGGCGUAUUCGGGCAGAGGGGGUACCAGCCUCAGCCUAUAGGUCUGUCUCUGAGCCCCCAGGCUACCAGGCACACAGCUGCCUGUCCCCUGGCGCCCUGCCCACCCUCUGCUGUGACACCUGUCGCCAGCUGCACGCUGCCCACUGUGCAGCCCUGCCCGCCUGCCGUCCGGGCCACUCGCUGCGUGUGCUGCUUGGCGACGCCCAGCGGCGCUUGUGGCUACAGCGUGCACAGAUGGACACUCUGCUCUACAACAGCCCCGGGGCCCGGCCCUAGGCCAGCUGGGCCCCAGGUCAAGGGCUCUUGGGAGACAGCUCCCGUGGUGCUUCUCUUUGCUGGGGAGGGGUCUGGGCCUCUGGUUGCCUUGUCCCUGGGGGAGUCCUGGGCACAGCAGGGGGUUGGAGAGUCCAGGCCAACCCCUGCUGGAGGUGGGACUCUGUAUAUGGAAGGCUCUGAGGGCAGCAGGCCUAAGCCGGCCAGCAAGGAGCCUUUCCACAUUUCCCGACCCUCGGAACCCAGACGCAAGCCCACAUGUGCUGGGUAGAGGGGUCCAGCCUGUUCCAGCCAGUGCCUGAACCUGUCCCUGAGAAGGACCCCUGUGCCCCAAGGCCUGUAGCUCCCGGCCCGCUCCCUGCAGUACGGAGUACGGGGCUCAGGACUUGGGGGUCCUCCACGUGUCCCAGGGAUUCUCCACACGAGUGUCCUCAAGGGCCUGUGGGUGACACCAAGCUCCCCCGCCCCAAGCUCUGCUGGGGCCAAUCUGCGGGGCUCUGCCGGGUGCACAGCUGACCUGGCUUUGGGGACCCCGGCCCUCCCCUUGGGUGUCACAGCAGCUGGGCCCACAGACAGGAAAUGACCUGACCUCAAACCAGAUGUAGAGGUGCACGAGAGCCGCAGGAACGGGCACUGGCUGACAGCUGGGAAGGCCCUGAGCGUCACUACUGCUGGGCGGAAGGGCCUGUGGGCAGCCCACCCAGGCGGAUGGGUCUUGGUGGGUCCAGUGGUAAUGGUGCCCCUGCCCUCCAUUCCUUUGGGUGCAGCCCACAGGCUGGCGAGGAGGUGGCUCUGCCCUAACCUCGGGUCUGGCGAGGGAGGGGGCAGGGUGCAUCCACUGUGACAGCCCCUCUGGGCCCACAACUCCCUCACCCUGGAAGCUGAGCCUGCUUUCCUGACCCUCUGCCCCACCCCCCUCCUCCCCAGAACACUCAGAGGGACGGUCAACAUCAGAGCACAUUAAACACUGGUGAAACCA